GCGACGCAGAGCAGCAGACAGAGGAGACAGCGAGCAGGCCGGUGACACGUUACCGCACAGACACGAGCCCCAGUGCUCCGUGUCACAGUCGGUGUGGACCGACCCCCGCAGCGGGGAACGGAGAAUAAAGGAAACCCAUCCGGAAUGCGCCCGCCUCCUUCGGCUCUUUAGCAGAAAGAACGUCGCGCCGAACUCCCUCACCGAACCCCGCUGUUUUGAGUCGGUCGAGGCGAACCCCGCUAAACGACGCGAAAUAAGAACGCUUUGAACACCCGGGGGUGCUGCGGACAUUUCGGGUGUGCGGGUGACUCACCCGAAGCGGUUUAAUUCCAAGUUCGACUGGGACCAAGCCGCAGGUCGCCUGCUGGAGGUCAAACAGCUCCAGGAUGCCGCCGUCCUCGUCCCUGCUGACCUGCUGUUCCCUGGCUGGCAUCUGAUCGUCCAAACAUGAUGAAGACCGAACCCCCGGCGGCCCCGGGGGGCAACGGCGGCAGCGGGAGCUCAAACCUGCGGAGUCCCUCGCCCCACCGCAACGCCUACGAGGCGGGCCUGGCGGCGCUCAAGAAGGCCACCGACCACUUCAACAAUGCCGCAAACGGAGGCGCCGGCCCCGCCCCCAAACCCGCUCCUCUGCCUCGCCCCACCGGGAGGGGCCGGAAAUACGGUUCCAAUGUCCACCGCAUCAAGAACAUGUUCAUGCAGAUGCAGUCGCCUGGCGACGAGGAGGACGGAGACAAAAUGAUUGGGGUCGAGCAGUCGGUGAAACUGUCCCUGCCGAGGGCGUCCAGCCUCAACGAGAACGUCGACCACAGCGCUCUGCUCAAGCUCGGGGCCACGGUCUCAGAGAGGGUCAACCGCUUUGACUCGAAACCGGGCGGAGACGGUGGGGGCUUCUCCAAACUCCAGGAGACCAGGAGGAUCUUCGAACAGCGGACUCUACAGGAGAAGCAGGCCGCCACCAACCGGAUCUUGCUGAAGAAGGAGCGUGCAUCGGGCUUCCAGGACAGCCGUCUCGAUGUUGUGGCUCGCUUCAACGGUUCCACUGAGGCUUUGGACCGACUGGACGACCCCCCGGCCCCGGCCCCGGCUCCUCUCCCGGCUCCGGCUGAGGCUCCUCUACCGGCUCCGGCUCUUACCGCUGCCGCAGCUUCAGUUGGGCUCGGGGACGCCGUCAGCCCCACCGUGAGCCAGCUCAGUGCGGUGUUUGAGAAGACCGACCCGCAAAACAAUGUCGCCAAUGUCGCCCUCCCCCAGCGUCGGUCAGGCCCCGCCCUACCACCCAAGCCCAAACCUCCAGCCAGAACGGAGGCUACCGGAAGGAAGGGGACAACGCUCCCUCUGGGUAACGAGGACGACGAGGAGAUGGUGGCGGGCGGCGUGAGCACCCGGUGGGCAGAAGAUCAACCAGAAGAGACUCUGCAGAGGAUCUCAGGGGAAGCCAUGGCCAGCGAGGAGAAGGAAGGGUUCACACAGUCAGGAGACAAUCCCCCCAAUUCCUCCUACUCCUCGUUGUCCUCCUCUUCUUCGGGAGUCAAGCCAGAGUUGGAGGGCCGGCCGACGGCGACUGAAGCCAGGGGCUCAAGUACGGUGGCCGCCCCGGAGCGAGACGGCUCCACCGGGGGUUCUGAAGCUGGUGCCAGGCUGGUGCAGGCGGAGGUCCACGCCUCGCUGGAAAACGGGGAAAAAGAACCUCCGGGGUCUUCUCCCUCCUCAGAGGAAGAGGAGAAAGGAGUGGAGUCUGAGAGGAGGGGCGAGGAGGAGGAUAACGAUGAGGAUGGCUCAAGGAAAGAGGAUUACUCGGAGGGCGACCUGGUGGAUAUCAGCGCGUACAGCGGACUUGGGGAGGAGGACUCUGGGGGCAGCCAGCUAGACGACGAGGACGAUGAGGAAGAGGAGGAGCCGUAUCAGCCGGAGACCAGCUGCUCCGAGAUCCCGGGUCUCCCUGAGGAAGAGGAGCCCCCUCCACCAAAUAGGAAGAUUCAGUUCAGCACUGGGCCAAUUACGGUGUUCACCACCUACUCCAACGAAGACUACGACCGGCGUAACGAUGACGUGGACCCCAUGGCGGCCUCGGCCGAGUACGAGCUGGAGAAACGGGUGGAGAAGUUGGACCUGUUUCCUGUGGAGCUGGAGAAAGACAGCGAGGGGCUGGGGAUCAGUAUCAUAGGAAUGGGUGCAGGAGCUGAUAUGGGUUUGGAGAAACUGGGGAUCUUUGUGAAGACGGUCACCGACGGAGGAGCUGCACAGAGAGACGGCAGGAUCCUGGUGAACGACCUCAUCGUGGAGGUUGACGGGACCAGCCUGGUGGGCGUCACCCAGAGCCUCGCUGCCUCCGUCCUCCGCAACACCAGCGGCACCGUCAGCUUCGUGAUUGGUCGGGAGAAGCCCGGGGAGCAGAGCGAGGUGGCUCAGUUGAUCCAGCAGACCCUGGAGCAGGAGAAGUGGCAGCGGGAGAUGAUGGAGCAGAGAUACAAGCAGUACAUGGACGACGACGAGGAGACGGGGGAGUAUGCGACCGACGAGGAGGAGGAGAUGAGUCCCGUGUUUCCCAACUCCAUUGAGGUCUUCGACCUGGCCGAGAACCCGGACACGCUGUCUCCCGUGGAGCUGGACCCCGAGAAGCUGGCCCACAAAUUCAAAGAGCUCCAGAUUAAACAUGCAGUCACACAGGCGGAGAUCCAGCUGCUGAAGAGGAAGCUGGCUCACGCGGAGCAGGAUAAGCUGCGCUGGCGGAUGGAGCGCGCUCAGUUGGAGCAAAACAUCCGGGACAGUAAAGAGAGGAUGGAAAAGCUGGAGGGCUACUGGAUGGAGGCGCAGUCGCUGUGUAAGGCGGUGGACGAACACCUGAAGGAAACCCAGGGUCAGUACCAAACCCUGGAGAGGAAAUACAGCAAAGCCAAGAGGCUGAUUAAAGAGUUCCAGCAGAAGGAGAUUGAGUUCCUGAAGAAGGAGACGGCUCAGCGUCGGGCACAAGAAGAGAGCGAGGUGACACACAAAGAGGAGGCGGAGAACUUGCAGGAAAAGAUUACCGACUUGGAGACCAAAGUGGAUGCCCUGAAGACCCCCAACCCCUCCUAGACCGCAGCCACGUCCCACCUCCUGUCUGUGACUAGGAGAGAGGAGCUCUACCUUCAUUCUGACCCGGGCCGACAUUUCUAUUCCAAUCCAUUUGGGGCGUGAGGGGGGGG